AUGCACGCAAUUGGCACGAGCCACAACUGCUUUGCGUGUAUCCAAGCCGAUAACCAACAUCAUGAGCGCCACAAGAAGAUUGCUGAGCUCAAAGCCGAAUAUGUUUCACUUGUUGAGGCUGAAGCCCUGGCAUCUGUCAAGAACAAAAGAAGCCGCGGACCCGCCCUGCAGGAGCGAGAUGUCAACGCACCUAUCAACCAUGACCGUGAUAUUCAGGCUGACGACGAUGUCAAUCUCGAGAACGAUCUGGCUGACGAGACAACUUCCAAUUCUGCCCCCUCUACCACUUCCAGCAAACCAAAAGCCACAAAAGCUGAGGUGCGUGCCGCGAAACGCGAAGCCAAAGAAGCCAAGUCGCGCCGCAAAUCACUCAAAAACCAGAGCAAGCACCCAGUGGCCCUUCGCGUCGCAGACAUCGAUCAUAUCGCCUUCGUACUGCAUGGCGAGCAGUCUACCGGCGAGAGCCACCCACUCGCCACCGACAAAUGCAUCGAGGACGUUAUGGAGCGUAACAGAAGAUAUGUCACGAGCAUCGCAGAGCACAAGGCACUGCUGCUCAAAGAGGUCGGCAGAACCAGGAGAGUCGAGGCCGAGCGGAAGCGUGGCCUCAGGAAACGCAAGGAGCGCGACUCAUUUUCGUACGGCAGCGGCGAGGCUUACCAUGGCUCGGCCUUGGAUGACGAGCAGGAAUCCCUAGUCAAUGCCGUACUCAUCAAGCUGGACAUACCUGUCGAGGCUACGGGAGAUGGCACCGCUACAGCGAAUACGCCAAUUACGCCAAAGCGAGGCAGUAGUGGCAACAAAGGCAACCAAGAGAAGGCGAUGGUGCUGGCGCAGUUGCGCAUUGCUAUCGCGGAUGAUCUGGUCAAGCAUGAGAACGAGCAAAGGCAGACUUGCGUCAGGGCGGGAGGGUUCUGGAGAUAUGUUGGCCGUCAGGUGUUUGAACGCAUGAUGGACGUUGCGGAACGCAUCGAUUGGAAGACGGGAGAGCAGAAGAAGGGGCGGAAAGGGGUUGACGCGCACGACGCUGGUGGUGGUGAUGGUGCUGCCGGUCACGACGCUGCAGACAAUGUCGGCGACGACGACGAUGAUGCUGCCGACGGGGUCCGUGCUGCAGUGGGCGAUGUGCAGGACUGGGUGGAGGAUGUUGCUGAGGGCGGCGGCGUGAACAAUGUUAAUGCAUAA